AUGUCUUCAGUUACUCGCCAAUUGCGCCCGCGGGUGCUUAUUCGGGCAUCCUUCACAGCUUUGCCUGCAGUCUGCGCGCAACCGCAACGGUUCCCCCGCGCAAAGGUUCUCGGCGUCGCAAGCUGUCGCGGCAUCACCACAACGCCAAUUCGCAGGUCUCAGAAGGCGCCGGCCGUAAAGAGGGGAGGAUCGAAGCUGUACGCAUCUGCGGACGAGGCUGUCGCCGACAUCAAGAGCGGAUCAACCAUCUUGAGUUCUGGCUUCGGACUUUGUGGUGUUGCAGACACGAUCAUUGGUGCACUCAACCGUAGAGGCCCCGAGAACUUGCACUCGCUGACUGCAGUGUCAAACAAUGCCGGCCAAGAAGGCAAGGGUGGUCUGGCUACCCUCACCAAGGCCGGCCAGGUGAAUCGUUUGAUUCUUUCGUUUCUCGGAAAUAACAAGGCUCUCGAAAAGAAGUACCUGACGGGAGAGAUCGCCAUCGAGCUGUGCCCGCAGGGAACACUCGCUGAGAGGAUCCGCGCCGGUGGCGCCGGCAUUCCCGCCUUCUUUACGCCCACUGGAGCUCACUCGUUGGUGCAAAGCGGUGACAUUCCCGUACGGUUGGACGCUUCCGGCGCGGUGAAGGAGCGCGGUCGCAAAAGAGAAUCGAGAGAGUUCAACGGCAAGACGUAUCUCAUGGAAACCGCCUUGACCGGAGACGUUGCCAUCCUGAGAGCAUGGAAGGUCGACACCGCCGGCAACUGUGUCUUCAGAUACACCACCAAGGCCUUCGGACCCAUUAUGGCCAAGGCUGCCACCGUCACCAUUGUCGAAGCGGAGAACAUUGUCGAGGCUGGUGCCAUCGACCCCAACGACGUGGACCUGCCCGGCAUCUUCGUCGACCGCAUCGUCCCCUCCACCGCCGAGAAGAACAUUGAGAUCCUCAAGACGAGAUCGGAGGGAGCCGACGGCGAGGACGCCUCCAAGCCCAAGAACAGCGCGCAGGAGCGCCGCGAUCGCAUUGCGAGGCGUGCGGCAAAGGAGCUGAAAGAGGGGUUCUAUGUGAACCUCGGUGUUGGAAUACCAACGCUGGCCCCCUCUUUCCUGCCUGCUGAGCGUAAAGUCUGGAUCCAGUCCGAGAACGGUAUUUUGGGCAUGGGUCCUUACCCGACGAAGGACGAAGUUGACGCUGACAUCGUCAACGCCGGCAAGGAAACCGUGACUCUCGUCCCGGGCGCCUCCACGUUCGACAGCACCGAGUCCUUUGGCAUGAUCCGCGGCGGCCACGUCGACGUCUCGAUCCUCGGCGCGCUGCAGGUCAGCGCCACGGGCGACCUGGCCAACUACAUGAUCCCCGGAAAGGUGUUCAAGGGCAUGGGCGGCGCCAUGGACCUGGUGUCGAACCCGGACAACACCAAGAUCGUCGUCGCGACGGAGCACGUCGCCAAGGACGGCUCCUCCAAGGUCGUGCAGGAUUGCAGCCUGCCUCUGACGGGCGCUCGCGUCGUCAGCACCAUCAUCACCGACUUGUGUGUGUUCCAAGUUGACCGCAAGAACGGCGGCUUAACGUUGACUGAGGUCGCACCCGGCGUCGAUGUCGAGGAAGUGCGCGCGAAGACGGACGCGACGUUCGAGGUUGCCAAAGACCUGAAGCAGAUGGAGUAA